UGCCAGUAGAACACAAACAGACCGGGACAAUAGCAGAAAGGAGACACUGGGACACCAAACCGUUCAUAUCGCAGCUAUUUACGACAGGAGUAUCUGCAAGAAAAGAUCUGUCAAUCGGCUGUCAAUCAUCCUGUGCAACAUGACCACCAACAAACCGGUCCAGCGGCGCAUCGUUUCCAAGGACGGCCACAACAACGUGAGGAUCGACAAUGUGGAAGGCAUGGUCAAGCUGUACCUGCACGACAUCUGGACUACCGUGGUGGACAUGAAGUGGCGCUACAAACUCACUCUGUUCGCCUCCACCUUCGUCAUGACCUGGUUCUUUUUCGGGGUUAUCUUCUACUUCAUCAGCAUGGGAAACGGGGACUUUGAGGCGGUGCUGCCGUCCAACCACACGCCCUGCGUGGAGAACGCCAAGACGCUGACCGGCGCCUUCCUCUUCUCCCUGGAGUCGCAGACCACCAUCGGCUAUGGCUUCCGCUACAUUAACGAGGAAUGCCCUCUGGCCAUCUUCACCCUGGUGGCUCAGCUGGUGAUCACCGGACUGGCAGAGAUCUUCGUCACCGGGGCUUUCCUGGCCAAGCUGGCUCGGCCCAAGAAGCGCGCCGAGACCAUCAAGUUCAGCCGCUCGGCGGUGGUGUGCCGGCGGGAGGGGAAGCUGUGCAUCAUGGUGCGCGUGGCCAACAUGAGGAAGAGCUUGCUAGUCCAGUGCCAGCUCACGGGCAAGCUCCUCCACCCAAAGGUGACGCAGGAGGGCGAGAAGACACUGGUGCACCAGAGCAGCGUCAACUUCUACAUGGACUCCAGCGGCGAGUGCCCCUUCCUCAUCCUGCCCCUGACCUUCUACCACGUGCUGGACGAGAGCAGCCCCCUUGUGGGCCUGACGGCCGACAACCUGCACACCCGAGACUUUGAGCUGCUGGUGACCCUGAACGCCACCAUGGAGUCAACGGCUGCCACCUGCCAGAGCCGCACGUCCUACGUGCCCCAGGAGAUCCUGUGGGGCUACGAGUUCAAGCCGGUGCUUUUCAGCAACAACAACAGCCGCUAUGUGGCCGACUUCAGCUUCUUUGAUAAAGUGCAGGCGAGCGCUGAUUCCAUGUUUCUUAGCAACAACACAGAGAAGCUCAAGCUGGAGGAAGAAUAUAAAAAGGAGUAAUUCAACCUACUAGCAAAAACAACUGCUUACAACUUUUCUUUUCUUAUUUUGUCAUUUUACAUGCUUAGGAGAUGAUGGACAACCUAUUGUCUGUCACCUAAAAGUCAAAGUCAAUGUUGCCAGAUAUCAUGAAACAAGCAACUCUCAAAAACACACAGAGUUAGCCCUGAUGCCUCCAGAAUACACUGCACAGUGUAGGCUUUCACUGGGCUGCUUCAGAGCUAGCAUUUCUUUUUGAUCUUGUCAGGGCACACUGUGCAGGCACUAUGGAUCAAGAGUAUGGCUUUUUAAAUACUCUGCCUAGGUCAAUGGUUGCGAUAAGUUUAAGAUUUAUGAUAGCAAUUUGAAUGUAGGACCUGAAUUUGAGUAUGUUGGUCAAUGAGGGGACAGGUAGCGGUAUUGUGUGGUAACUGGUUGGACAGGUGUACAAUAGAACUGUAAAACAAUCCACUCCUUUGAAAAUGUUCUAGACGUUCUUGUAUUUCAAGAUGGAAAGGGGUCGGUUAGAAGGAGAUUAAUGUCAUAUACCUUAAUUUCACUCAUUUAUUUCUACAACUAGUUUGAUUCUAUCUUUUCACUGAUGUAGGGUUUUUAAAGUCAAUACAAUGCCUGUCAAACAUGUUGAUUUCAUGGUCAUCCUCAUUCAUCAUUUCAAUUUGAUAAAUUGUUACAUGAUAUAUAUAUAUAUAUAUAAUUGCUGAACACAGAUCAGUUAAUUAAAAGAUAAUAGUCUUUCUGCUGAGGACGUGUCUUUCUUAACCCACUACACAGACACCACAACACAAACAAACCUGCCAUUGUUGUGACAACAGGUCUGGGCUACCUCUGUUUGUUUGCUUCAAAACAAAGAUAAUGUUUCUCCUUCAAAUACCUUUUACACUAAAUGCAUUAAAUGGGAAAAAAGCUGUCUUUGCAAAAACCUUAAAGGUGACAUAUCACACACCAGGACACACCACCAGGUGUGAGUGUGAUUAGCCGUUACAAGCCGUAACGGCUUAUCCACCUAGAUGUAUGACGGAUAGAUCAGUCUACCCAGCGCACAUCUAGGUGGACACGCACAAUUGUGAUGUCAGAAGAGGCAGAUUUUCAAAAAUGCUUGUAACGGCUAAUCACACUAACACCUGGUGGCAUAAUAUGUCACCUUUAAAAACAUGAUUGAUGAUGAACACACAAAACACAAAAGAUAUUUAUUUGGUGCGUGCACAUUUGUGUAGAAUAGAAGGAACAAAGAUAUGCA